CACGGUGAGAACCCCUCUUCGUUUUAACGCUAUUUACCUCCAACAGGAAGUGUUCACGCGUGUCGGGUUGUUUUGCAUUUUUCCUUCCGUUGCGCAGUUUCACCCACUUUCUGAUUUCCUGGUGGCUAGACCGACUUGUAAGGAGACAGGAAAAGCCUCCAGGGGGUCAUGUCUGGCAGCAACAGUGCGAACAGCAGCUGGACCGUCCUCACUCCUGAGACUGUCGCUGAAACCCUGAAGCCUCUGGCAGAGGAAACAGAGAAUCAUGAAGAAAGUCUUACAUCUGCAGCAGAGCCAGAAUCUGGAGCAAAUCAGGCUGCAAGAGGUGAAGCAUCCACAGAGGGCUCCCCUGUGGAGGAACACCUGGUGUCAGGAGAAAGAACAGUGGAGCUAAUUGGAGACACAAGCACAGAGCAACAAACCUCCGUGCCACCUGCCCUCAGCGAUGCCGCGGUUCCAGCUUCAUUGGAAGACUCCGGCAGCUCUGUUCCAGGCAGAGAUGCCCUCGACCACUCUCAAGCACCACCCGAGGGCCCAGCACCGUCCAGCCCUGACCCUGAUUCUUUCUGUGACUCCUACACCCACAUAACCCCCUCCCCUGAUGAGCCCCCAGCCUCACUGCUGACAACAGAGACUCUGGGAGGGGGCGAGUUUACACAAGAACAAGAAGAAGAGAGGCUCGCAGAGGAAGGAACGGUGCACCACAUCAACGGUGUGGAGAUACAACAGGAAGAUGAGUCAGACCUGUCUCCAAGAACGAGUGACUUAGGGAAACAGGCAGACUCCCCCGUGGAUUCCGAGGUGGGUGAGGAGAGAACUGAGAGGAAGGAAGAGGAGGCAGAGCCAGAGGUGAGGAGGAGGCGGACGUCUCUCUUAGCGGCUCUGGACCGAAUCGGUAGGACAGAGGAGGAAGAGGAAAGAGAGGAAGAGUUUCAGGUGCCGCAGCGAGACGACGACAGCGGAUUCUCUGUGAACAAGUGCAUGCUUGGUGCCGUCAUCCUGUUAGGCCUCGGCACCAUCUUUUUCUCCGGUGUCUUCAUGGACUUGGAUGAGGAGAGUGACUAUGGGACAAGGGAGCUGAGAGAUUCAGAAGCUCCAGGAAAACAGGAGUGGCUUAAUCCAGAGGUCCCUCCACCUCCAGUAGAUGCUGACAGUACAGAGCUGCUAAAUAAGUUGGCUGAAGAGAACCAACAGAUUUCUUUGCUACAAGCCCAAUUUCAGGCAGAGCAAGAAGAGCUAAACGUGGCCAAGGGACAGGCAGCAGAGGGAGCAACGGAGCGUCUGCAGUGGGAGGAGGUGGAGAAGGAACACAGUAGGUUGAAGACAGAGAUGGCAUCUCUCCCUGUUCUUCAGAAAGAGAAUGAUAAGAUGAAGAGAGAGCUGGAGUCUGUCCUGGCCCUACAGAAAGAACUAGAAACACUGAGAUCGACUGGGACUGAAUUAAAACGCUCCCCAGAAGCCACUGAAGCCGCUCAAGCACCUGUGCAGUCCACAACAUCGCCCUCAAGUGGUCAGCCCGAGGAAAGCAGGCAGGAAACGACUAAAGAGAGAGAGGAUAAGAAACCAUUGAAGGACCAGAAGGAGAAGAAGACGGAUUGGAAGAAGGAGAAAUAUGACACUGGUGAAAAGAAGGAGUGGAAAGAGAGAGAGAAAUUUGAAUUGAAGGAAGGAGAGAACAAAGAGCGCAAAGAUGGAGGUAAAACGGAAUGGAAAAAGGGAAAACACGAGCAGGGGAAGUCUGACAAGGUGAAAGAUAAGGAAGGUAAACAGGAGAGGCACAGCGAUGUAACGAAACAAUACAAGGAGAAGAAGAAUAAGAAAGAAAAGGUGAGCCGAGGUGAUGAACGAAAGUCAUGGAAGGUUAGCGAAGGGAAUAAGGAAUGGAUAGAGAUGAGUGAGAGAAAAAAUCAGAAGGAAGUGAAAGAUUGGAAAAAGACGAAGCAUGAGAAAGUGAAUGAGGGUAAGCAAGAGAAGAAGGAUCGGAAGAGGGGAAAGGACCAGGGAGAGAAGCACAAGGGGAGGGAAGAAUGGAAUGGAGAGAAGGAGUGGAAGAAAGGGAAAGAUGGCUUCAAGGAAAGUGGCAAAGACAAAUGGGAGAUGAAGGAUGGGAAAGAGAAAAGUGAGAAGAAAGAUGGUGAGUGGAGGGCUAAAAAUGGCAAAGAAGGGAGAAGAAAAGAUGAUAGGAAACAGUGGGAAGAAAGGGAAAAUCAUAGCAGAAAUCAUGGUAAGGACAGGAAAAUGAAGGAUGAAAAGAAACAGUGGAAAGAGAAUGAGUGGAAGGGUAAAGAUGAUAAGGAAUGGAAGAAGAAGGAUGAGAAGAAGCAGCGGGAAAAGGAGGGAGAAUGGAAGAGAGGGCAGAAAGAGAAAGAUCAGAAUUAUGACAAGAAGAAAGUCAAAUCAAGCUCUCACAGAAAUGAAGAUGAACACCACCAUGGCGAGCGUGUGCGGGGAGAGGGGAAGGCCGCCCACACACACCGCAGCCCCCCCCUCGAACAACCUGAGUACUGGGUCCAGCAGAGAGACCGGCUCCAGCACAAAACCAAACCACCACAGAACUGCAACUCAUUGGAGACCUGCGCUCAGAGUGAGGGGCUGCUUCCUGUCCCCCUCCCCGAGUUUGAAGCCAUCCUCCAAACUUACCUAGCCAAGGCGGAGGAGGCGGGAGUGGAUGCUUCCAAAAUAGAGGAGCUCAGAAAGCUGGCUCCGGAGUUCUUCAAGGAUGGAGUCUUUGCUCACGACCAGAUGAGCUUUCAAGAAUUUGUGGAGGACGUGGGGGAUAUUCUGGAAGAUAUGGUGGAAGGGGAGGAGAACGGGUAUGAUACGGACAGCGAGAUCGAGGAAGAAAUGGAGGAGUUCGAAAGAGACGUGAUAAAAAAGUUUUCAGUGCCGAAAGCUGCAGAGAAAGCGGAGGGAAUCCAAAGGGAGAAACGGAAGGAGAACGGACGAGGACGUGGCUGAAAUGGGGGGGAAUUGAUGGAUCGGUUAAAAGCAGCAAAGAGGAGCAGUGACGGAUGAGGUUAUUCAAAGGGAACAUUUGUUUUUGGACCACAAAAGCUUAUAAAGGAUGCAUUAAUCCUUUCCUUUUUUUCAGAGGAUCUUAUAUUACCACCUCUGCGUGUUGUUUCGGUGGCGUUUCAACUUACAGUUUAAUUUACCUGUUUUGGUGAAAGCUUUUUAUUUCACCUGCACACAGCAGAAGAGAAAUGGCUAACUUAUAGAUCAUAAGAUUUGUUUGGGACGGACGUAAAAGAGAGUUUAAGAGGCUGAAACUCCACAUCUAGUUUCUUAGUUUUAUCACUGACUGACCACCAAUGUUAUUUUCUUCCUUCUCUGAAUCCUGUUAGAUUGACCUGCUUUGACUCAUCUCUGUAAUAACCACUUGUCGUCUUAGUCACACAUUACACGUCUUCCUCUGCAAACAGAUCCGUGCACUGUUCAUGUCUUCACUUAUCAGUUCCUACAGUACGUCAUCUUUAUGUUGUCAUUUCUUAAGCCUCUCUCCUGACAGAUUUAAAGAAUGAAGUUUUGUUAUAUAGAGUGGAGUGAGUGUGAACUGCUGAUAUGGUUUGAUGAUUAUUUUACGUGAAAUUAGAGAGAAUCUGCUUUGAUUUUGGCUUUGAAUGUUAUGUACAUAUUGCUUUGAAUGUCUUAAAACUAUGCAGAUAUAGUUAACUUAUUUUAUAGAAGCAGGCAUGAUAUAGGUGAAAUAAAACAAUUGUCACGCACUUAAAAUAUUGACAUGUUGAGCAUCUAUGUUUCUUUUCAGGUACGGAACUUGUGUUGUGCACUAAAAUGUUCUUAAUUAUUGUUUUAUUUUGAAUGUAACAUUUGUUCUUGAUUAGGUUGUCAAGUCUCUUAAAUCAUGGGAAAUAGAUUUCGGAAAUUUCCCUCGGACAAUAGUGUUCAAACAGAUUUAUAAAAAAACAACUAACUUAUGAAGUGUUGUUGAUUCAAGGCCCUACAGCCGCACGGAGAUUAUUAACUAUGCAGAACCACAGAUUGUGUCGGCUUUUUGGCAGCAUAAGACUUUGUAUGUUUGAAUGUCGAUAUUUGCCCAUAUUAUUGUUAUAAGAGCAGAAUAAUAAAUUUGGUGAAUCCA